GCUACAUCCAAAGCCCGGAUCACGACACUUUUCUUUCGAACGUUUUUUGCACGAGUUUUUUCCAUACGUAUUUGUUCAUUGACAAAAACUCAAGCUGCGCUCUGUGCGUGCGUGUGUGUGCCCUGUGUGUGUUUGAGAGGGCUCGCUUGUGUGAGUGCGGUGCUUUGUGUGCAGAAUAAUUUUUGCAAACAUUAUGUAAAUGCGCAAAUUAAAGUUCAAUCGACGCCAGUUUUGAAUACGAAACCAGAUCGCCUUGCCUCAAUUGCCACGGAGCAACAGUUUUUUUUGGAUUUUCAAAUAUCUAAACUCCUCUAAAACUCCCACAAACACACACCUACAGGAAGGAUCUGAGGCGAUCCGGCGGAUAUACCUUUACCGUUACAAAAAUCAAAAAUGGCCACGACAGCUGCGGCAAUGGCCGCCACCAGUGUAGUUGUUCUAGAUCGCGGAAACAAUACAACCUGUACCAUCAAUUUGCACGGUGCCACAGUUGUGUCGUGGCGGGUAAACAAUCAGGAGCAGUUGUUUGUCAGCAAACUGGCCUCCUUCGAUGGCAAGAAGGCGAUACGCGGUGGGAUUCCCUUUGUCUUUCCUCAGUUCGGCGCGUGGUCCUUUGGACCUCAACAUGGAUUUGCGAGGAUUACUCGGUGGCAUCUGGAGAGACCGCCAGACAGGCUGCAUAAUGGCGAUGUGGAGGCAAUUUUUUCGCUGAUGGACAACGAUUUUACGCGAUCUAUCUGGAACUAUCAGUUCCGUAUCACCUAUCGGCUGAUCCUGCGCGAAAAGGAGCUCCACUUCCACAUCGGCGUCUAUAACCCGAGCAAGGAGCUGAGCUUCACCUUUAACAUGUUGUUGCACACUUACCUAAAGGUGCCCGAUGUCCGGAGGUGUCAAAUUACUGGUCUCCAAGGCUGCCACUUCAUCGACAAGACGCGGGAGAAUUCACUCUAUCAGGAAGGUCGUGAAGUGGUGACCGUUAAUGAAUGGACUGACAGAAUCUACCAACAUACGCCGCAGGAGCACGUUAUUACGAAUGUCGUGUCCGGCCGUAAGAUGAGACUGCACAAGUACAAUUUUCCGGAUACGGUCAUCUGGAAUCCUUGGAUCGAUCGAUCGCGUGAGAUGAGUGACUUCGGGGACGAUGAGUUCCCCAACAUGUUGUGCGUGGAGGCGGGCAAUGUUACUUCUCCGGUGAUCCUGUUACCGGGCACAGCCUUUGAGGCCAGCCAGAUCCUUCAGACCUAUUUCCCCCUCCCAGCAAUUCAAGUGUCCCUAUACUAUAAAUUCAUCCAACUGGAAAAGCAAUCUAACCGACUUCAUACAGUUCGACUAGAGUCACAAUUUCCAUCUCCAUAUUCCAAUUCAAAUUUUUUACUUUGCAUGCAAUCAGAUUAUCAUCGAGGGCAAUGUUAGUCGCAAGACCAAGCGGAAUCGCUAGCGUUUAAAGAAUCGGAACCCAAUGAGGUAAACCGAUUCGCAACCAUGUCAAAACGCACUUUUCCACAGAGGUCCAUGGGAGAUGGAUGCGUCCAACAGAUAAGGAUUAUCGUCAGGACCAGAAGAAGAACCAGGAUGAGAAUGAGGAUGAGGAGGAGAAGGUAGUGACAGUGAACUGUUUGGUUGUUCCCGCACGGUCUCUAGACUCUAAUCUAUUUCUUAAGUAAUCGUAAAUCACUCUCUAGCAAUAUGUGUUGUGCAAAGAAUAAUAUUGAAAUGUACACCUAAUAACUUCGUUUACCAUCCUUAGUUUGUGCCUAAUUGGAACUGACUUCAGAUCAUUGGAAAUGGAAGUCGAUGUACAGUUUCGAUAUUCCUGCAUUGAUAGUAAUCUAGUUAAGAUUUCUUAAGCAAAAAAGUGAAGGUACCGAAAAUCAAAACAGUUAAAUCAAGAAUCUUAAGUAUUCUUUGAUAGUAGCAUUAGAUCUGUGUUACAGCAAACGUUGUCUUUGUUGAUUGUGAUGACCUCACUUAUUGCUUCGAGAUCUUACCUAUUCAGCAAAAAUAGAUGAACUAAACUAAUGAGUAAUGGGCACUACUAGCUCUGGUCAGCACCCAUUUCAUAAACGUGUAUACGAUCUAAUAUAGACAACUUACAUAAUGUUUUAAACCUAAUAUGUGUAAAAUACUAAACGCAAUUAUAUGUACCGAUUAAUUUAAUAAUCUAUGCAAUUAAAUGUAAUUGUAACUAUAAAAUCAGAAA